GUGAGAAUGAAGUUCCAAAUUUUUAGAUUGAAAAUCAAAUUUAAUUGGUUGUUUCUAUCAAAAGGUCUAUAUUUUUGGACGAUUUCCUCUACAAAAAAUUAUUGGUCUUUGGUUUGGUCAAAUUAUAACAGCACAACGAGUAGUUUUAGAUAUAAAAGGGCAACAAUUUUUGGAAUUAAAUAAAUUUUAAAAUAAAGUCGAUAGACGUCAGUUACCAAGUGUACGGUUGAGUUAAUUUUCGUGAUUUAAAAGAUAACUCCAAAUAAUUUUAAUCAUUUUCCUCGUGUAAACUGUUGUUAUCUCGUUACUUCUGAGAAAUUUAUUUAUUCUUGCUGGUUAUCCAUACACAAUUCGCUAGCGCAAGCGUCAAUUUGCAGAAUUACAAGUGGAAGAGGAAUGUAAAUUGAAGUUUAUCAGCGAUUAUUGCUUGCGUAUGAGCACAACAUGUAGAUAGAUAAGUCAGAGAAAGAACGCAUGUAUUGUGCGUGAGUGUAUAAUUAAAACGUCAAAAGGCACACGCGGGAAUAUUAUUGUUGCAGGGCUGUUUGGAAUUUUGAUCAAUCAGUGGAAACGUCGGAUGACGAUAAUUACCGCCAAUGCCGUAUUAAAUAUAAUCGCUUUCCGAAGAAUCUGUAUAGAUCUACCUGCUGCGGAGUGUGAGAACGUGUGCUGUGCGCAGAUGGGAGGUGAAGCCGCGCGGCCGGCGUGCAUUUGUCCGAUUUUGUUUUAGGAAAGAUUGUGUGUGUGGGAGGGCCGCGAGACGAAAAAGAGAGAGAAACGCACGCGAGGGGAAGGGAAAAAUUACCGACUCUGAGUUUAAAAGGUCACGGUCCGAGGUUAUAAAUGUUGGCAUCAGCAGAGUACACACACAUGGAGAUUUCCAGCUCCUCGGCCAAUAAUUAGAGGUUUAUAAAGAGCCGAUCCGUACCUCCAGGUCGGCCGCGCGCGGUAAACCUUCCUCAGGUAGGCGCGCACGAGGAGGAGGAGGGUUUAUAUCUUUUCCAGAGCUCACGCCACCACUAUAUGGCUGCUUUUGGUUCGCACGGUUCAAAAAUAAUGCUGGAAUGUGGAAAAAAAUAAGAGAGGAGCUCUCACUCCGUUCUCAACCCUUCCAUUUAAUUUCCUCCUGAUCAUUAAGCGUGUGUAUAAGUUGGGUGGUAAGGUGCAUCGGUGGUGGGGAUCUGUCUGACCGAGAGCACAGAGCUGAUUCAAAAUCGGAUAAUUUGCUCAGUUUGCUUUGUGCGGGUGACCUGAACGGAUAUACCUCAACUCAACUGAUUCUACUUGUACAUAGCUCCAGCAGACGACCAGAACAAAUCAAUCAGGAGGCACUCGUGGAGCAGCGUAAAUGUGGAAAACAAUCUUGAGGAAAGUGGGUUUUUAGAAAGAAGAAACCAAGAGGAAUAUGAUUCAGCAGAGGAUGAAGAAGAAAACAGACGCAGGGGUCCGGAUCUUCUGCAGGAGUGCUGGGACGUGCGGCGAGACGACGACUGCGUGAGCGAGCCAGGCGUCAGCGAGCCUCUUUACGACUCGAUCGCCAGCCUCGCAAUGGGGCAACGCGCCUCGUCCACCUCGUCGCUGCACGACCCCCUGCACCGGGCGCGUGGCGGGCCCACCCUGCCUCCCAGCAACAAGGUGUCCAUGACGUGGGCCCUGCUGCGCAAGCCGUCGCACGACUUGCUGGAGACGACGCCAAAGAAGUUCGUCGAGCCCCUGAUGAUUCGCUCGCAGGCGGAGCUCCCCCGGCCACCCCAGCUGGCCACUCCCGCCGCCCAGAGGGUGAUCAGACGCUCGAGGGCCUCCAGCCACAACGUCAGCCGCUCGCAGUCCUCCACUAACAGUUCCAGUUCAAGCCGAAAUUUUGGAUACGAUAUUAGUGAUAUCGACGAGUUUCUUUCAAAGGCAACCCUGCAGAACCCAGCCAACAUUCCUGUGGUGCUGGCUAGUCCGUGCGUGCUGUACCAACCAGGGACGCGUCGCAGCAAGUCCGGCCGCGACACGUGGCGGCAGAACGAAAGCUCGCUGCCGCUGGGCAUGGUGGUGAACGCCGUCUUCCGCAACCACAACUGGCUGUACGUGCACACUCCGCACGGCGAGGCUGGCUACGUGCGUUACCGCUCAUGCCUGCCGCUGGGCAUCCUGCCGAGUCCGUGCGUCUCGGCGCCCGGGACGCCGGCCCCCGGCGCCUGGGACAGCCACUCGGACGCCUUCCCCCCGCCCCCGCCACCCACCGUGCCCAACAAGGUGCGCCGCGGGGCCGCCAGCGUGUGCGAGCGCCGCAACAACAAGACUGACAACGAGAAGCUGCGGGACACCGUGUCCGAGUGCGGCGGCAGCGGCGGCGGCGCCAGCAGGUCGAGACACCGCAGCAGACACCGGACGCAGCGACCCGAGGCCGCCGUGGACAGACUGUUCCUGGCCGCGCAGAGGUCCGAGUCGGAGAACACGAGGCACCGCAGGCCGAGGAGCAGCGUCGAGACGCUGCUCAAGGACGCCGAGCUCAGCUCGCGCCGCUUCCGCGCCGAGUCGGCAAACAUCGACUCGGUCAGUGUGAAAGACUCAGUGUCCCAGGUGGGAGUGCGCUGUCCGAAACCAAAGUACCCGUCCUCACGCAAGAUGGGCAAGCUGGAGAACUACCAGUACAGGAUAGAGCAGAACCUGAGCCAGCUGAAGCCCAACCACAGGACCAUCGCCCUGCAGACCGACUUCGACGAAGUGGACAGUCUGGUCAAGGACUGCGUGUCCGAGGUCGGUCGGACCAGGAGCAAGGAGAUGGGCCGGUCGCGGGGCGCCAUCUCCGAGUGCGGGGUGAAGGUGAAGAGCAGCAGGGCGCCGUCCAGUGCCGCCCUCAGUGAGGUGCAAAUGAAAACCGAGACCCUGCUGCUGAUCAGGUCGGACUACAACAGCCGCGGUCGCAACACUCUUUCCGUGUCCAAAGGUGACGUGGUCGUGCUCGUCAGUUCCAGACUCAAGGACUGGUUUUGGGUGCGCAGAACUGAUGGCUGUGAGGGGUUCAUUCCGGCCGUGGUUGCUGGACAUGGAUUUUUGUAGUGCUCCCACAUUUGUUAUUUAUUUCAGCUUGUAUUUCUUCAAAUAAACCUCAUGUUGCCAAUUUA